AUGGAUGAUAAGUCGACCGCGCAAGCCGGUCAAUUGAGUGAUGAGACCUUGAAGGAUAACGCAAGUGCAGGCGUCUCAACUGCAACCCUCAACUCACCCGAGCAACCUUCAGAGAUAUUGACCAACAAAGAAGUGUUUAACGACAAUUCAAUCCAGACCGAAGUCAAUAAUGAAAUAGCUAAAGUUGACGCCGCCGAUUCCAAAGGCGAAACUGCCUCUGAAAAUUCCACAGGAGAAUGGAGAUUCACAAGACGUGCCCAACUCGUCUUUGCUACUCUUGCGACGUUGUCGCUCAUGGUUGCUUUGGAUGGCACUUCUAUAUCCGUUGCGCUUCCUAUCAUCUCUAAUGCCCUCCAUGGAACCGCCAUUGAAGCCUUCUGGUCCGGCACAAGUUACCUUCUCACCUCCACCGUUCUACAGCCUCUCUUUGCCUCUUUAUCCAACAUUUUUGGCCGCCGACCAAUUAUGGUUAUCAGUAUAGUGCUGUUUUUUGUUGGAUGCCUCGUUUCUGGUCUAGCAAACAACUUUACGACCAUGCUUGUUGGUCGAUCAAUCCAGGGUGUUGGAGGUGGUGGUAUCUUGGCUCUCACUGAAAUUAUUGUCACUGAUAUUGUGCCUCUGAGGUUGAGAGGUCAGUAUCUGGGUAUCUUGAACGGAAUGUGGACUAUCGGAUCUGUGGCGGGUCCGGUUCUAGGUGGUGGCUUUUCGGAGAGUGUUUCUUGGAGAUGGAUUUUCUACAUCAACUUCCCCUUCGCCGGAGUCGGUCUAGUCAUGACCGUGCUUUUCCUCCGCCUCAACUUCAUUCCGACCUCCCUUCUCGCCAAACUGCGACGAAUCGACUACAUCGGCGCCACCAUCUUCAUGGCCAGCACGACGUCAUUCAUGAUUCCUCUGUCCUGGGGAGGUGUGCAGUAUUCGUGGUCGUCCUGGCGUACUCUAGUCCCACUCAUCCUUGGUUUCGUUGGCCUGCUUGCGUUCGCCUAUUACGAAUACCGUUACGCUGAACACCCCAUUAUUCCUCUGGAAAUCUUCACAUCCAAGACUGCUACGGUGUCUUUCAUUGGUACUGUUAUUCAAGGUCUUGUGCUUUGGUGCGCUCUUUACUUUUGCCCGCUCUAUUUCCAGGCCGUCAAGGGUUAUUCACCUACUAUGAGCGGUGUGGCUAUCUUCCCCGACUCAUUCACCGUUGCGCCGAGUGCCAUGGUCGCUGGUCUCAUCAUCACUAAAAUUGGAAAAUACCGCUGGGCAGUCUGGGUUGGCUGGGUUCUCACCACCUUGGGUUUCGGGUUGUUAUGCGUUCUCCAAGUCGGCACCAGCAUCCCCGGUUGGAUCUUCCUCGAGUUCUCCGUCGGUUUCGGGUUGGGUGUCAUCUUUCCCGCAGUAACAUUCGCAAUCCAGGCAUCCGCCAAACACGAAACACUCGCCAUGGCGGUCGCAAUGACCAGUUUCUUCCGUUCCUUUGGUCAAGCAAUCGGCGUGGCUAUUGGUGGUGUCGUCUUCCAGAACAGAAUGUACGCCAAUCUACUGCAAUACACCGAGCUUGCGCCUUAUGCGCGAGAAUAUAGCCAGGAUGCAGCGGGUCUUGUGCAGGUUAUCAAUGCCAUGGACGAUGGACCCACAAAACAUGACCUCAGAACGGCGUUCACGGACUCGCUCAGGAUCAUCUGGGUUGUGUGCUGUGUAUUCUCGGCUGUUGGUUUUGUGUUUUCCUUGUGGACAAAGGAGUAUGAUGUUAAUCAGGCUUUGACGUCGGACCAAGGGUUGCGGGAUAAGCACAAGCCUGCUCCCUCGAGUGAUGUGUAA